AUGACAAAAAUCGAUGUAAACAAGCAACUAGAGCAAGCUGAAAGCUACAUACAUCAAUUAGAUGAGUCUGUGACUGAUGAAAAUGCACUUACAGAAACGUUGACUAAUUUAGUCGAUGUGCUCAAACCAAUUGGAGCUGAAAGUCUUAAUUACAAGAUAUUAUGUGCUGCUGUAAGUGAAAUUCUGAACUUCAAUGAUGCAUGUCCGCUAGAUACAAGCACACGAAAGAAGAAAUACUCAAAAAUCGGUGCAAUUGUUGAUUUCUUUCAAUCUCUUAAGUUAAAUUCAUCGUACGAUCGUAAAGAACUAGCUAAUUCCAGCAAAGAUAACAUCAAUGAAAAGGAAUCAGAUGAAAAAACUGACGAAAAGAAGGAAGAAUCAAGUCCAAAAGCUGAAAACCCAAAAUUACAGGAACCUGAAGAACAAAAGGAUGACUUGAGGCUUGAAAAGAAGAAAUUGUCAGUCAAGACACUUGCUUACUUAUUCAAUUGCAUUAAGAAUGAGUUCGAUGUCGAGGAUAAGAAUGCAAGCAAACCUCAAAUUAUCAUAACAUCAGAACCAGAAUCACCAAAAUCGGAUUAA